CACCUGGUACUGCAACAGAGCCGUUUGCUGAGAGAGAGGAGCGAAGAAACCAAAGCGCGCCAAUACGAAACGACAAGGAGAGAGCUCCAAAGGCUUGAGUUUUCAGAAGCUAACAAAAUGACUUCGUUUAAAUCCUCCAUUGGAGCUUACGUUGUCGUUUGGGCAGUGGAAGACCAGUUUCCAUGGAGUCUUCGUCCUCCAGAUUCCGAUUCAGAGACCUUCCCGAAAUGGAGAACUGCACGCAGUCCGAUUCCGCCUCCGACUUAUCCUCCGUGUCCAGCGACCGAGACGACGAGUCUGAUCUUCAAUCCAUGACUGGAAAGGGAAUUAAGCAUCUUUGUUCAGAGCUCCUCGAGCUAAAGGCUGCAUCCAGUGAAGAAUUUCACAAACACAUAUUUUCCAAUUAUUCGGCCUUUGUUAGAAUAUUUGAAGAAGUAGGGCAUGUGGAAAGUGAGCUGAUGCAACUGAAAAACCAUGUAGUGGCCCAAAAGAGGCUAGUGAGUGACCUUGUAGAUGGAAUAUAUUUGAAGGUUUUAUCAAAGGAGACUAUAGACUUGGUUAUCGAAGAAUCUGGAUGCGAGGAGCUGCUUCCCAUCAGCAAGUUAGAAGCUCAUGCAAAUGAUGUUUUAGAAACCUUGGACACUCUCUUGUCUGAGAACAGGAUAGAUGAGGCACUGUCCAUCAUAGAAUUGGAGGAUGAGAAUCUUCAAAGGUUGCGGUUUGAAGAGGAUUGUCCGGUGGAUGAGUUGAGAUUGUUUAGCUCUGAAGUUUCUGAGAGGAAGACCAUGCUUACACUACAGUUGACAAUGGUGGCUGAAAAUCGAAGAAUAGCUGCCCCGGAGCUUCAAAAGGCACUGGUGGGGCUCUGCAGGCUAGGUGACAGUCACCUUGCAACUCAAUUGUUGAUCAAGUACUACCAUUCACGCAUUGCGUCUGGGAUACAUAAUUUUCAGGCUUCAAAAUCAUUCUUACAUAGGUUAUAUAUCAGGGAACUCUCAAAGUUUGUAUUCUCUAUGAUUUCUCAAGCGGCGAGAAGUUUUGUGAUGUUAUAUGGGGAAACUUCUCCAUAUGCAUUGGAACUUGUCCAGUGGGCCAGUCAAGAAACAAAAGUGUUUUGUGCUUGUUUUGAUAAAUAUGUUAAGACCAUCUCAGAAAUAAGUGGUGGAUUGUCCACAGCAGUGGAAGCUGUACAGUUUGCAAUGUCAUUUUGUUCUCUGUUGGAAACUCAGAGAUUAGUGCUGCGGCCAUAUUUGAUCAAGCAUAUUCGCCCUUGCAUGGAAGAGGUUCUACAUAAACACCUAGACCACUUUAAGAAAGUAAUUGAUAUCUUUACAGCGACUGAUGCUUGGGUUUUGGGUAGAUAUCUUGUAUCAGGAAUUAUGAAUGAAGGUUGUUCUUCCAUGGUUGUCGGGCAACAACCAGAAUAUUGCUUGCUCACUAACAGCGGCCGGAAGUUUGUAACACUGCUGCAGUCUAUCACUGUAGAUGUCAACCCAUUAUUUUCCCUUCAAAUUGAAGGAUCAAUCGUUAGUGGACUUAUGAACCUCUUCAAAAAGUAUAUAGACAUCCUUGAAAGAGCCAUCAACUGUGAAACAGCUGUUGCAGAAACAAAUAAUUCGAGACUCUAUUUGGCCAAUUCAGUGCAACAACAGGUUUCUAUCUUAGCCAAUCUGUCAGCACUAGAGCAACUCUUCUCCAGCAUGGUUAGAAGCAUCUUCAAAGGUGUUAGUGAUGUCAACUCUGAAUUAAUGAAAAUCCAUCCAGUUGAGGUUCAAGUGAAGGAACUUGACAGUUGUAUUUCGUUCAUUCAAGAGGCUUCUUGUCGGCUCAGAGCUCUUUUCUGUGAGCAAUUUAUAUUGAAAAUUAUGUCCGUCAAAACUAGCUACAAACUCACUCCUGCAAGUAGUGUUGACGGGCCUGGUGAGUCUUCUAUGUUUCAUGGAGUGAUGCCUUCCCUUGCCUUUCAGGUACUGUUUUUAGAGCUGAGAAAACUGGAAAAACUUUCUGAAGACAAUAUUUUUGAAGUUGAUUGGUUAUUGGAGCUAUUGAGGGAGCUUAUAGAGGCCGUCUUUGUUUGGGUUUCAAAUAACAAAGAGAACCGGGAUAUCGACGGGGAGAAUAUGACAGUAGAGCUUCCUCUCAAUUUCAAGCAGUUUGUUUUGGAUGUGCAAUUUCUGGUGGAAAUCUCAAAGUAUGGAGGAUACUUCUCCAAUAACCCUUUGUUUCUACUAAAUCUCAUGAAAUCAGCCUUACUUUCAGCUGGACUAGAUCCAAGAAGAGAUGUCAAUGAUGAUAUAUGGGCUAUAGACUUUGCUGCUGAAACAAUCCAAAAGCUGCUGGAGAGUGAGAAAACACUGUUGCCUCUGGACCAAGAGCCUGUCAGUGAACAAGAAUCAGAGGACCAAUCCAAGUAUGCAGCUGACUCUUUUCCGGAUGAUGCUAGUUCUUCAGAGGAGGAUGCAGUAGCCACAGACGAGCCAGAAGUUGCCUCAGCUGGCUCUUUAGAGGAAAACGUUAGAAGCUCUUUAGAAGAUUAUGUGGAGCCAGAGGAGGAUGCAGUAGUCACACAUGAUCCAAAAGUUGCCUACAAUGCAAAAACAGCAUCAGCGGAUACAGGACCAUGCAUGGACCAAUCGAAGAUUUCAGCUGACUCUUUUCAAGAAGAUGUUAGAAACUCAUUAGAAGAUUAUGUGGAGCCAGAGGAGGAUGCAGCAGCUACAUAUGAUCCAGAAGUUGCCUAUAAUGCUGAAUCAGCCUCACUGAAUGCAGAACCUAAGAAUGCAGCUGACUCUUUUUGGGAAGAUGUUAGAAAUUCUUUAGAGGAUGCAGUAGCCACAUAUGAUCCAGAACUUGCCUUAAAUGCUGAACCGUGCAAUGGCGAAUCAAAGUAUGCAACUGACUCUUUUGAGGAUGAUGUUGUAAGUCCUUUAGAUGAUUAUACGCAAUCGAAGGAGGAUGUGAUAGCCGUAGACAAUGCAGAAAUUGCCUUUAAUGAAGAAACAGAAUCAUUGAUUACAGAAUCUUGUCCUCAAGGAGGGUCUUGUGGUGUCCUAGAAUUGGAUUGGAAUUCCAGUGACAGAGGUGCUAUAGAUUUGACUGACACUUCCAUAGAAUCUCAAACUACUGGCUCUGAAAAUUUGUCCAACAAGGCAGUUGAUAUAUCACAUAUCAUUGAAGAAACUAAUGUACCAUCAACAUAGUUGGCGGUAAAUAACAUCGGUGAGGCCGUGGAGAUGGUCUCUGUUGAGGAAGGGAAUGACAGUCCAUCUGAUGUCCCAAGUUUGUUAUGAACAAUCUAUAGAGAUGGUGAAACUGUGGAUUUUUCAGGGAUUGAAUUUAA